AUGCAGGACGACAUGGAGGACGACAACGAGCAAGCGGACAAUGAGGAGCACACGGGUGACCAGAUGGAAGAGGUAGCAGCUGGACGAAGCACACGUUGUACAGAGUUUGCCACGUCGAGCUUUGCAACGAUUGUUCUUUUGCAUCAAUGGCACCAGGGUAUGCGCAAAGAUGCCAAAUGGAAGAAGCCGGCAGAGGAGGUAUCCAAGCUGGCCGGGGAGUUGCUUCAAGGCCUCGCUUCCUUGUUCCUGCAGACCCCGCAGGACUUCUCAUUCACGUGGGACGGAAACACUCUGGUGCUGCCGUUCAAAGGAGGUUCGCUGGACGUGGACGAGGUUGUACUGCAAAACAGUUUACUUGCUAAAGUACUACACCGCGAUCGUUCCCGAUUCAUGGACGUGCUGCAGGAUGUGAAUGUGGACUGCACCCGUCGGACAAUUGGAGACACUCGCAAGUCAUCUAGUUUGAGGACGAAGUACUACUUGUUGGCGGCUUUGGCACGUGCCAUGGAUUCGUCGGACGACACGCAUUCCUGCUGGACAUCUUUGAAUGUGAAGCAAGUGAUGCAGCUUAGGAGAGAGGUUUCGAUUCGAGGGUUUGGAGGGUUUGAAGGGUUUGGAGGGUUCCGGGGUUUUAAGAUGUAG